AGUUGUUUUGCACCCUUCACUUUUGCCUCACUUUACAUGGUAUCAGAGCCGAUUUCGCUAGUUCCUGAGAUAUCGUUGCCACCAGGGGUUUUGACUCCAUAACCACUGGCCUAGUAUCGGAGGUGAAGCCAUUGUAGAGGAGAUUUUGCCAGUUCCUAAGACAUCGCCGCCACCAGGGGUUUUGACUCCAUAACCACCGGCUCAAUAUCGAAGGGUGAUAAAAAUAUUCAAGACUAUUAUGCUGCUUUCGUGAGUCUGUGGACUGAAUAUGAGCAGGGGAUUAUGGGUGACCGUGAGGACUGUUGCUUACAGAGUUUACAAACUCUGAAUGAUGAAAGAAAAAGUGAUGCAAUUUUUGAUGAAGCUAAGACCUGAAUUUGAGCCGCUUCAUGCCAAUAUAUUAAACCGGGUAAAAUUGCCCUCUAUGGAUAAGUUAUUGGGAGCUCAGGUAAAAUUGCCCUCUAUGGAUAAGUUAUUGGGAGAGCUCCUUCGGGAGAAGACUAGACUUUCAACACAAGCCACGCUAGACAAAGGGGAAGCUGAAACUGCAUUUGUUGCUAGUAAAACCUUGGAAAGGACAUCGCAGAAGGAUUUUUCUAAGGUGCAAUGUUUUGAAUGUCGAGAAUUUGGCCAUGUUGCAUCUUGUUGCAAGAAGAAGAAUGCUUGUGUUUAUUGCAAACAAUCUGGACAUAUUAUUAUAGAUUAUCUUGAGCUGAAGCAAAAGGGGAUUAAUUCCAAGCAGAAAUCCAAUCAUCGAGUAUAUCAAGCAACUAGUUUUCCAUGCUCUGAAUCAAUUCCUACACUGUCAUCUGCAUCAUCUGCUACAAAUAAUCCUAGUUUUGUGGAAGGCAAAGAUUCACCUAUCUCAAAUGAAGUUCAAAAAUUGCUACAGAAUUCAGUAUCCUCAACUAUUACUUCUGCUUUUUCUGCUAUUGGUCUAUCUGGACCGUUGCACUUGGAUAGUGAAAGGGAAGGGGCGUAGGAUUGGUCACUUGUUUGCCUUGGAAUUUGACAAAGGACAUAGUGAUGCUGGUUUAUUUGUUUCUUCUAAUAAAGAUGUCUCUAGUUCUCAGAAUCUUUGGCACUUAUGGCAUCGUAGACUUGGUCAUCUCAAUGUGAAGAGAUUAGAUACAUUAUGUACUUCUGGUCUUUUGAAUAAUAAAACUUUGCCAUUGGAUUCCAUUGAUAAAUCUUGUAUUAGUUGUUCUUUGAGUAAAAGUGCAAACUUACC